CAUGGUGUGACUAUGGCGAUGAAACGCAGUCGGGAGACUUCGGCUGCUGACGGGCUUUCACCUCUUCACGCUUUCAACCAAACUUUGCGUGGUUCACAAUCACAAGUGGACGCAGCCUUCCAUGGAAACUUUCACCAGGACGAUGAGUCUGCCAUCAAAUCAGAGGCUGAGGACAGCAAUGAAAUGGCGUCCUCAGAAGAAGACCAGGAUGUGGACCAGGACCAGAACGAGGAAUCGAGUGCCAAAGCGAGUUUGGCCUCCCCCAGGAAAAGCAUCAACAAGAUGAGUAAAGACAAGAAGAAGCAGACGCAGCUCACGUUGCAGUGGCUGGAGGAGAACUACAUUGUGUGCGAGGGUGUGUGUCUCCCUCGCUUCAUCCUCUACGCUCACUAUCUGGACUUCUGCAGGAAAGCCAAACUGGAGCCUGCCUGUGCUGCCACCUUUGGAAAAACCAUCCGACAGAAGUUCCCUCUCCUCACCACAAGAAGACUAGGAACCAGGGGACAUUCCAAGUAUCAUUACUACGGCAUCGGCAUCAAAGAGAGCAGUGCUUACUAUCACUCCGUUUAUUCCGGGAAAGGUUUGACCAGAUUUUCCGGAAGCAAGAUGAAGAAUGAGGGAGGCUUCACCCGGAAAUACUCCCUCAGCUCCAAAACAGGAACUCUGCUGCCGGAAUUCCCCAGCGCUCAGCAUCUUAUUCUGAGGAGCAACAUCUCCAGGGAAAAGGUUGACACGCUGAUCAUGAUGUACAAAACUCACUGCCAGUGCAUCCUGGACAACGCCAUCAACGUCAACUUUGGCGAGAUCCAGAACUUCCUGCUGCACUUCUGGCAGGGCAUGCCCGAGCACCUGCUGCCGCUGCUGGACAAUCCCCCCCUAGUGGACAUCUUGUGCGUGUGUGACUCCAUUUUGUACAAGGUUUUAACUGAUGUCCUCAUUCCCGCCACAAUGCAAGAGAUGCCCGAAAGCCUGCUAGCGGACAUCCGCAGCUUUGCCAAGCACUGGGAACUGUGGCUGGCCUCCUCCCUGGACAACCUCCCUGGAUGCCUCGCCGCCAAGAAGCUGCCCAUCGCGCGCCGCUUCGUGUCCUCCCUCAAGCGGCAGACGUCCUUCUUGCACCUGGCGCAGAUCGCCCGUCCGGCGCUGUUUGACCAAAGCGUGGUGAGCAACAUGGUGGCCGACAUGGACAAGGUGGACCUGAACAGCAUCAGCCUGCACUCGCUGCUCAGCAUCAGCGCCAACGCCGACCAGCUGCACGACGCAUACUCCGACUACGAGGCCAUCGCCAUCUUCCAGGAGCUGAAGGAGCUUCUGAGGAAGAACGCCACCGUGGAGUCCUUCGUGGAGUGGCUGGACACGGUGGUGGAGCACAAAGUCAUAAAGCCGGGCAAGCAGAGCGGCCGCUCGGUGAAGAAGCGAGCUCAGGACUUUUUGCUGCGCUGGAGCUUCUUUGGCGCCCGCGUGAUGCACAACCUGACGCUCAACAACGCCGCCAGCUUCGGUUCCUUCCAUCUGAUCCGGAUGCUUUUGGACGAGUACAUCCUGCUGGCGCUGGAAACCCAGUUCAACAAUGACAAGGAGCACGACCUGCAGAACCUUCUGGACAAACACAUGAAGAAAGAAGGAGCCAGCAAAGCCACCUUCUUGGCAUCUCCCAGUUCCUGCUUCCUAGCCAAUCGCAACAAAGGGGCGUCCGUCGACCAAUCGGUGAAGAGCGAGGCCUCGAGACAGGAAGCCUCUGCGUCUCUGGCGGCCAAUUGGCAGCGAAGGCUCGACUCGGGCACCGCCGCCGUCUUGCCGCUGUCGGAUUCUGUCGGCUUCCCCGGUGCAGGCGGUCCGGCCGACUUUUGCGCUUCUGUCAUGACGCCGCCCACUUCUCCGCCGGCGCUGGUGCACAGAAACUCGGUCAUCAACCAGGGGACCCGAGCCCCGACUUCUUCCUGCUCCUCUUUGUCGUCGUCCUCGUCCUACCUCUCGGCGCCGGGCAACAUCUGCGCCGCCUUCCCGGAGACUUUGUACCCCUGCUCAGCCUACUUCCCUCCGACUGCAUCCGCCUACCAGCCUGGACUCAGGCCCGAGGCAGAGAGCACGUUCUCGUCUUCCGUCCCGACGUCCUCCUUAGCCUACCAGCUGUGUCGCUACCCGACCUUUGAGGACCAGCAGCCGCCCGCCAAAGACUUUUUCUACGGGGACGCCCAUCAUUUGUCCUCGUCCGCCGCGGGUCCCGCUUGCUACGGCUCCAUAUCGGACCCCGCGGUCGGCGAUCCUGGUCUGGAGCUUCAGACGGCGGCAGCGGCGGCUCAGGUCCUGGAUGCCGCCGAUGGCAUGGCCUUCGGACUCAGCCACUCCGCUGGCGCUGGUGGCGGCACAGGGCAAACGUAUUCUGCUGCAGCUCCAAGUGAUUACUACGGCAACGGCAGCUACCUGGAGGGCCAGCGGAUGGCGCCAGCGAUGGAGCAGCACGUGUCGGUCAUCAGCGGCGUCAGCCCCCUCCUGCUGCUUCGCUCGCCGUUCUCGGACGUCCACGACCCGCUCAAUAUCCUCGACCGGCCCGGCAGGAAGAGCGGAACCUUCUUCAGCGACGUCCGCAGCGCGCCGGGUGAGUGAGCGAGCGAGCGAGCGAGCAUCUCUCACUGGGCCAAGGACCAAGAUAUCCAUCCCGCUAACCGUCUCACGUGUGCUCCUCUAGGGUCGGCCCCCUGCAUGUACGCCGUGUCGGCCGCCGCGCAGUUCACCUCCCAGGACGCUUCCUUGUCUCAGCGGCGGGACCCAGUUUCUUCGCUGCCCCCCAUCGACACAGUCUUUAUGGGUGCCCCGGGCGUGCCGUGACACUGAGCUCGCCCACCAUUCGGCAGUUAGUAAAAGAGAUCUGAUGACACUGCAAAAACUCCAUUUGACUGCAAUUGAAUCUAGUCAUAUCAAUAAUUAAUAUACCUGAUGUAAAAUAAGCCUCAAAUGAAAAAUCAGGGAACCCAAAUGACGCUCUUGAUAAAAGACGUGGCGAGGCCGCCGCCGCCGCCGCCUCCUUAUCUGCCGCCUCGGUGGCAGAUGGCGACGCGUGUGCGUGCUACAGCGUGUUACACUGUCAAGUACUUUUAAUUACACGGUCAAUAAUGGUGGCCCACAAUUGGCCCGCUGCUCGUGUGAAAACAACAGAAGGCCCAAGGCAAACUUUGGGACAAUGUUUAACCGCAAGCACCCCCCAGAUGACCAUGGCGUCAUUUAGUACAAAAAUGACUUGUGGGUUCAAAAAAAUAGCAAUGGAAAGAAGGCCCAGCAGAGGUUGUACUUUCUGAGACAGCUCAGGAAGUUCAACCUGUCACACGAGCUGCUGAAGACCUUCUACACUGCCAUCAUCCAAUCUAUCCUUUGCACAUUCAUCACUGUCUGGUUUGGAUCGGCCACCAAACAAGACAAGCACAGACUGCAAUGGACAAUCAGGACUGCGGGAAAGAUCAUCGGGACCAUCUAUCCAAGAUUUGUACCUGUCUAGGACCAGGAAACGUGCAAGUAACAUCUCUACAGACUCUUCUCACCCAGGUCACAGUCUGUUUGAACUACUGCCCUCCAGAUGGCGAUACAGAGCGCUGUACGCCAAAACCAGCAGACACCGACCCAGCUUCUUCUCCCAGGAUGUCGCUCUGAUGAACUCACACCACUCAUAGUCUCAGAGACAUCACAUCCUGCUCUUGCCACUUAAAUGUUGUCAGUCACUUAAAUGUUGUACAGAGGCUGAGAUCAAGCGGAGUCAAAUUCCUU